GGAAGUUUAAAAAGCAUAAUUAUGGAAUUAUUGGAAUACGUAGGAUUCAUUAAAGCGUAAUUCCAAUUCCCACGUAAAUUAGCAAUUUCACAAGUUUUGCGAUCAUCAUUUUCACUCACGAAUCUAGAAAGAUGGAAGCUUCAACGAGUGAUGAAUACGAUGAUUUUGCCAAAACACUUGAAGAGGAGCUGAUGAUGUUGGACGAGGAGGAUCACGGUGCAUACUUUGAUGACGAAGGAAGUCAGGAUAUGCACAACGAAUGUUCGGGUUCUGGUGGGGUUGAGUUAGAUCACUCGGAUGGCUCGGAUAGCUCCUUUGAUGGCUCGGAUUGUGAUGAUGUUGAAUCUAAAUUCCCCAACCUGUUCACCAAGAGGAGGAAGUUGACAUCUCACUGGAGAGCAUUUAUCCACCCUCUUAUGUGGCGUUGCAAAUGGGUCGAGUUGCAAAUCAAGAAGCUGGAUGCACAAUCCCGAGCAUACGCCCACAACAACGCCCCAAGUGAUCAGGCCCUGUCGCGGAAGAGAAGACGAAGAAGUGAAGCAACAAACAACGUAGAAGCCUAUAUGUCGCGCCACAACCUCUUCUCUUACUAUGAACAUAAGAAGCAUAACCAACAGAUUUCUCACAAUGUGGUGAAUAAUUCUGGUACGUGUGAAGAAGGAAAGAGCGAUAGUGAGUUGGGGAACGACGAGGCUAGAGAUUGUAAUAAGGAUCAUGAAGACAUUCUUGAAAGGCUUGAAGGUCUGCAAAGGCGAGCACAUAAGCUGAGGAGUCUAUUCGAAGAGGAAAAGGAAGACUAUUUUAGGUCAGUUAUUUGGCCGGAUGGUACAUUGGACUUGCCUUUGCCUCGGAAACCAAAAUCAACGUACCACCGGAUGCCAGUGGGGACUCACCUAGCAUCUCAGCUUCUAGCAGAGUAUAACUUGGGUGGCGUGCUUUUACCCGAGAGCGCCCAUCCUGGCCCUCUGCCAAAACCAACAAGACACCACCCUCCUUCUACUACACAUGCUUAUCAAAAUGAAGAUGAAGGCGAAGAUGAUGACGAUGUUUUGAUUGACAAUCAAAGGGUGAGAGAUGAGGUGCCUUAUUUUGAGAAAGGGAUCAUGGUGGUGAAUCAUGAGGCCUUGGCUAGCAAAAGUCGCGCAGAGCCACAAGAUCGUUCAACUACAAAGGCUACUAAGACUAAUACACGGUGCAAGAACAAGACAUGGAAAUGAUCUUGAUGAGUCCCAAGUUGCAGGAGAGUCGAGAGAUUUUCUUGGCAUGAUCGAUCCCUUUGUGUGUGGUGUGGUCUACACAUAAUUGGGAUAAUAUUAAUCUGUUAAAUUCAACCCGACCGGAGGUGGAGAGGCACUGCUGCGUUGCAGGGCAUGCACCUGCAACGUGGAUCUGCUUGCGCGCGUCUCAUGCUGCGCUCACACACGUGCGUGUGCCGGCUCGGAAGGACGCACCGCGCAGGUAUAUUACACUUUUCCUUUUUCUUUGUUUGUUUUUUUAAUUUUACAGUAUUAUUUUAUUUGAAUAAUAAUUUUAUUUUAUUUAUAUAUAUAUAUUUUUUAAUUUCAAUAAUUUUACCUCAAUUUAAAUAAAUAUAUAAAUUCAUUAUUAAGAGUGAAAUGGUGGGAUUAUGUAUAUAUAGUAUAUAUUUUUGAGCGUUUGAUUGGAUUUUUGUGGAUAAUUUUAGCCAAUUUUAUUUAAUUUUGCAUUUUUACAUAAUUAACUGGAAAAAAAUAUGUUCAAAUUUUAAAUUUCUAACAUUUUCUUCUCAACAAAAUAAGUAGUUCUUUCUAAAGUUUAUCGAAAUAUCGUUUACCUUCAAAAAAAAUAUUUUUUAUUUUCUUUUUCGUUCAAUAUUUUAACUAUUAAAAUUCAAAUCAUGACAGGAACUUUAACACAAUUUAUUAUUGAAAAGUAGAUUUAAAAUUAAAAGUUAAUUUACAUUUAAAAGUUGAGGUUUGCUUCAAAAUAAACUUUUCAACUAGUUUCUAAAAGUUUAAUCCUAAUUAAUUUCUAUUUGUGUGUCAAUUUUUUUCCCUUGAUAGUAUACUAAUCUAGUGCAUACAAAUUAUUUAUUUCGUUCUUUUCUCACUUCAUUCUCUCCUCUCUAUUUUGUUGUUCUCAUUUCACUAUCUUUUAGACGUUGUUUCCCUUUUUGUGUA